ACUGUAUUGCUGUGACCAUACAAAAAGGCAAUCAUCACGUGUCUAGAUUUAUAAGGCCAUGCUUCGAAGAACUACCAGCCGUAUGUGCUGACGCAGAUAUGUCAUCUUCCGACACUGAUAUUCUAAUGAUAGCGUUGAUUAUAACAGCCGUCCUACUUGUUGCGGUUACUAUUGCUGUGAUCGUUUUAUACAAAAGACGGACCCCAUUGAGAUUUGCACAUCGCCCAUUGGCUGUUCCAAACAAUGAAGUAACAUACGCUCAGGUCAACAAGCCUACAAAAGAGAAAACACCUGACGACUCGACUAGAAAUAACACAGCCGACGAUACCUAUGAUCACAUGGAACAUCAUCGACUGAGUCAGAAUCAGAUUCCAACUGAAAGUAACUAUGAUACUAUGCAGUCUGUUGGAAUUGAAGAAUUAGAAAAUGACUAUGAUGUCACUAGUGGAACAGACAGACCAAAACAAAUUGUCGCUAAUGAUACUGCUGAAUAUAGCCAUGUUGAGGUUGAAUAUCAAGAAAUAAAAGAUGUGCCGACGUAAGGAAAGCAUUGUAUUCACUUGGUAAUACAUGAGCACUGCGUUUGUAUUGCAUUAACCAGAUACUGCAGCGGUGGUAAUCAUGUUUCUUUUUUUUCAACCUUUAUAAUACUUUACAAAUGAAUUUUAUACAAAUACUCUAUGCUUUUGCUAUUUUAUUUUUAAGAUAAUAGAAAUUUGCAGACUGAAAUAAUUUUUAUUUUUGAAAAGUGCGGUGUAUGUAUUGAUACAAAAAUAGAGAAAAUCAAUGUGUGUGACCACAUUUUAAUCUUUGUCAUCAAUGUAUGAAUUUCGUUGAUAAUUGAUAAAAAAAAAAUGAAUGAUAAUCAUGAUUGUGAGUGUGAGUGCGCGUGUUUCCCGCAUUUCGACAACAAGUCAAUUGUUAAUUAACACUAUCCACGAGUCUGUCUUACAUAUUUUUACAAAAAGAAACUCAACAUCUGAAAUAAACAUAUGUCUGAUCGUUUUAUAAUUUGCUGAUGAAUGUCAAUACAUAAAUAAUACAUUUUGUAUAUAUAAACCAAUCCAUGUGAAAAGGUACAAAACGUGUUUUGAUAAACUUUACAGGACAUGUUGUUAAAGUUUGUUAAAAUAUUUCUGAAAAACGAUUGUAUCCAUCAUUUAUCAGAGCUUUAAAACAUAAACAAAAGUUAGCAACUGCAUUGUAUAAGGCGUUCUCUCCUGUUUCUGGUUGCUACACAUAAAAAAAUAUAUUUGAAUGCUUUUCAAAUGUUGUGGUGAAACUGUUUUGUUAUGAUUUUCAAAAUUUGAAUAAAAGCUAGCAUACAAAGAAUAUCCGAUAUAUCGAAAGUGGAGAGAACCCGAAAAUAUAAAAGAGGGACGAAAGAUACAAGAGGGACAGUCAAACUCACAGAUCAAAAAGAAAACUUACAACGCCAUGGCCAAAAAUAAAAAGAUAAACAGAUAAAUAAUAGUACAGAUGACACAACAUAGAAAACUAAAGACUAAGCAACACGAACCCCACCAAAAACUGGGGUGAUCUCAUGUGCUCCGGAAGGGUAAGCAGAUCCUGCUCCACAUGUGGCACCCGUCGUGUUUCUUAUGUUAUUAUAAAUCCGGUAAGUAGUCUAAUUCGGUAGGUCACAUUCGUGAAAAGGGAAGGGUAUUGUAGAUACGACAUAAGGAACAUAUACGAUAUCAUCUGUGAAACGGUUAUUCCAUAACGGUCAACCAACUCGUGAUGGCGUCCGUAAAAUUUACGAAGGGAUGAUUUUAACUUCACCAUUUGGAACUCUUGGUUUAAUAGCUUCCUUGUGAGCAGCAAUCCUCUAUCAAGGAAAUCAUGAUAGGAAAUACAAGCCCGGGAAUAUCGUAUCAAUUGGGAGAUAUAUACUCCGUAUGCAGGCGCUGCUGGAAUGUUGCUAUGCAAAAUAUACGGAGAUCUCAUAGAUCCUUUGAAUUAAACUUUUCACACAUACGUUUAGGUGUACAUUAAAGUUGCUUUUCGAGAUAUAACAAGCUGUCUAUCUAAAAGUUACACAGAAUCGUACCACAAACAUGUUGAUCUAAAAAGCACAAAAAUAAAUCUUUGGAAAUUCCCUCCUUUAUGAAAAAAUCGGGGAGGAGUCAUCUUUAUGUGUUUUUGUAUCCAAAUUUUGUUGUAAAUAAUAUGAUCAAGUCACGACAUACUUAACACACAAAUUGCUGUAAUAAACGAAUAUGCACUUAAUUUUGCAACGAUAAAGAAACAUGCAGCAUUCAACCUUUAAGAUUACAGAUCCUUCCGAUCUGCCUCAACAUUGUUAUAAACUUCCAUCUAUUUGAUAAGCAUUCUUGCAGUUAAAAUACCCCUUUUUUACAUCAAGACACGUUUUAUUGUACAGUGUCCAAAAUUGUAUAUCAUUUAAAGCAUUUAACAAAAUUUACAUAGAUUAAUGUAGGAUCGUUAAAUAUUUCCUGUCUGGUAUUGAUAUAAACUAUGCUUAAUGUUUGUUUAUCGCUUCAUUACUGUUAAUCAACAGUGUAUAUUCAAGUUGUACGGAUGUAUACACAAUGGUUAUAUUGGGUUAUAUUAUUCCAUCCACUGCUGUUUCAAUGAUUUUUAUUUUGUUUUCAUUUGAUCUACCUAUAUUUGUUUACAAUCGUUUAAAAUCCUGCAGUUAAUAAAGAUGCCACUAUGUUUUACUGCUUUAUAUUUAAAUAUAAAGAAGUGCGUCAGUCCAAUCUGCAUGUAUAUAUGCGUCUGUGAAAUUGCAUUUAUUGUAUUUUGAUGUGUUGAUAUAUAAAAACAAUGUGAGCAAAUUCAAUGUAUUUUAAAUUUAAUUUGAAUGCUGUUUAUUGUUUUUAAGAUAACAUACUGUAUUUUUGCAAUAUUUUGAAGUACUUAAAGGAUAAAGGAAAGUCGUACUUAAUCAGAUUAAUAUUAAGCGGAAAAAAGAAAAAAAAAACAAAUCUGUUAUUUCUGAAUGUGUACACAAACAUUUUUUUAUUCGGGCCGUUUCAGAAAAAAAUAUAUAAUCUCACAAGAAGAGAAAAAAAAGUUACUGAAGUGUACCGCUAUAAAUAAUGAUUGAAACUACUUUUUAAUUGCAAAAAUAGUCUCAAUAAGACCCCGUUUACACUUGUACGAAAUUGAACCGAUCUUUAUUUGAAUAGAUCUUAAAAUGCCCAGUUCGCGUUUACAUAUGCACAAGCAAAAUCGAUCGAGAUCGAUCUUAUUUAAUCUAGUGCGUUUACACAUGAACUUAAAAAGAACCGGUCUGACCUUAUUAUUUUACAUUUCGUAAACAAAUAAUCGUAAAAAUAGAAGAGUAUAAUAACGUGUGCAUAUCAUGCGGACAAUGACACACAGCAAAAUCAUGGAGAAAAUAGUUGGAUCAUUGGAAUUUCGUAUGCAAUUAUUAGGGAGCUACCAUUUGAUUUUUAUAGGGGGACUAGGAUGAAAAAUUUUGCCCUGCAUUUUAUUUUUCACUAUAUUCGGUCCUGCCUUUUUUCUAUUAGUUUAUCCUGACUUUGUUUACAUAAAUCUUCCGAAGAAAUUAACACAGACAUGGACAUAGAAACAGCCAGUGAAGAGGAG